AUGAAGGAGAUCAUCACGCUCUGCGUGGGCCAGUGCGGGAACCAGAUCGGGAGCGAGUUCUGGAAGCAGAUCACGGCGGAGCACGGCAUCCAGCCCAACGGCCUCCCCGAGGAGUUCGCCGUCGAGGGCGACGACCGGAAGGACGUCUUCUUCUACCAGGCGGACGACGAGCGGUUUGUGCCGCGCGCGCUGCUGCUCGACCUCGAGCCGCGCGUCGUCAACAGCAUCCAGUCUUCCAUGCACCGCGACCUCUUCAACCCGGAGAACAUCUUCAUCUCCAAGGAGGGCGGCGGCGCGGGCAACAACUGGGCGUCGGGCUACCGGCAGGCGCAGGAGAACUCGGAGCUGCUCCUCGACAUGUUCGACCGCGAGGCGGACAACAGCGACUCCCUCGAGGGCUUCGUGCUGACCCACUCCAUCGCCGGCGGCACGGGGAGCGGCAUGGGCUCCUACAUCCUCGAGCACCUCAACGACCACUUCCCGAAGAAGCUCGUGUCGACGUACAGCGUCUUCCCCAACUGGGAGGAGGACCAGAGCGACGUCGUCGUCCAGCCCUACAACUCCAUGCUCACGCUCAAAAGACUCACGGUCAACGCGGACUGCGUCGUCGUUUUAGACAACACGGCGCUGAACCGCAUCGCCGUCGACCGGCUCCGCAUCCCGAACCCGUCCGUGCACCACAUCAACUCGCUCGUGUCCACGGUCAUGGCCGCGUCGACGACGACGCUGCGCUACCCGGGCUACAUGAACAACGACCUCGUGGGCCUCGUCGCGUCGCUCGUGCCGACGCCGCGGUGCCACUUCCUCAUGACGGGCUACACGCCGCUGACCAUCUCCGCGGACGAUUUGGCGCGGCCCCAGGACCCGGCCGCGGCGCCGGCGCCGGCGCCCGAGGGCGACGCCGCGCGCGCGGCGCGGCCCGCGGGCGCGGUGCGGAAGACGUCCGUCCUCGACGUCAUGCGGCGGCUCACGCAGCCCAAGAACAUCAUGGUCUCCGCGAACCCGCGGCGGGGCUGCUACCUGAGCCUCCUCAACAUCAUCCAGGGCGACGUCGACCCGACGCAGGUCCACAAGGCGCUCCAGCGCAUCCGCGACCGGAACCUCGUGUCGUUCAUCCCCUGGGGCCCCGCGUCCUACAACGUCGCGCUCUCGCGCAAGUCGCCCUACGUCGAGACGAAGCACAAGGUCUCGGGCCUCCUCCUCGCGAACCACACGUGCAUCGCCCAGCUCUUCGCGAAGACGGUCACGGCCUACGACCGCAUCCGCAAGCGCAACGCGUUCAUGGAGAACUACCGCCGCGAGCCCAUGUUCGCCGACAACCUCGACGAGUUCGACGACGCGCGGGACGUCGUCACGGACCUCCGCGACGAGUACGCCGCCGCCGAGACCGACGACUACGUCGACUGGGGCUCCGGGCCGGGCGACGACGACACCGCGGUCCUCGUCCCCGAGCCGGGCGCCGCGGACCUCCCGCCGCCGCCGCCCGUCGGCGCGUGA